UAAUUGUAAAUUCACACGUCGAGAGCAAUACAGAAACCUAACGAACGCAGCGCCGUAUGCGAACCUUGCCUCCCGCGGUCGACUCCAUGCUAAGCUGGAGGUCACCCCCAUCACUGUCGCUGAGGAUGCUAUGGUUACCUCCACUGCACUCCGUAAACCCUAACCCUAGAUUGCCUCCCGCCUCUUCAGUUUCGCCGCCCUCCAAUCGACAUCCUCAGUCGUUUUUCAACCCCAGUAGGAUUCCGGUCUCCGAUUCUCGCGGCGUCCCUCAAAGCAUGGCGCUUUCCAGGUGCUUCUCCGGGCCCACCAGUCCGGUCUCGAUUCCGAGCUCGCCCGAGUCGGAUAACUCGGAUUCGUAGAUUCUCGUCGUUGUCUCCUUCUACAAAUUCGCUGAUUUUGCCGACCAUGCUUCUCUGCGGCAACCAUUGAAGCAGCUCUGCGAAGAACUGUGUGUUUCAGGCGGUAUCAUACUUGCCCGGGAAGGGAUAAAUGGGAGCAUUUGUGGGACAAGAGAAUCGGUGGAGAAAGUUCUUGAGUUCAUCCAAAACGAUAACUGCCUUGAGGGACUAAGAAGAUUGGAGUCACCUGUGAGUCCUGAGGAGGAAGCUAUUCAUCAUGGGCACACUAGCAGCUCUCCUCUGGCAGCAGGGGAAGACGCGCCCUUCAGAUGGGAUCAUGUGAGGGUCAAGUUGAAGGAGAUUGUUAGUCUUGGAAUGCCUGAUGUAUCGCCAAUUGAAAAGGUCGGAAAGUAUGUGAGUCCACAGGAUUGGAAUGCAUUGAUUAGUGAUCCAGAUACAGUGGUUAUUGAUGUGCGCAAUAAUUAUGAAACUAGAAUAGGGAAGUUCAAGGGAGCAGUUGAUCCGUGCACUAAAGCAUUCCGAGAGUUCCCAUCUUGGGUAGACGAUCUGUUUCAACCCUCAGAAUCAGAGAAUGGUCAUUCGGAGGUGAAACUCAACAGUCCAAAUGAAAGCAUCAACAGUCAGCUCGAGAUAUCAAAACCAAAAACACCUCCGAAAGUUGCCAUGUACUGUACUGGGGGAAUUAGAUGUGAGAAAGCUUCAAGUUUUCUACUCAGCAAAGGCUUCGAAGAGGUUUAUCAUCUAGAAGGCGGAAUUCUGAAGUAUCUUGAGGAAGUUCCACGGACGGAGAGCCUGUGGGAGGGAGAGUGCUUUGUCUUUGACAAGAGAGUCUCGGUUGAGCAUGGGUUAGCACAGGGAACUCACAAAUUAUGCUACGGGUGUAAGCAACCGGUCACUGAUGCAGAUAUGGAGUCUCCUCAGUGGGAAUACGGAGUUACUUGUCCGUACUGUUUCUCGUCAAAAUCUGAUGAAGAGAAGGAUAGGGCAAGAGCUCGACAAAGGCAAUUUGAGACAUGGGGGAUCAUCGGUGGUCCGGACAAGGGACGCAAACCGGAUAGUACCAAGCAGAGCUCUACUCAUCUCUCAAAUUCAGUUUGAAUAGGUUUAGAGAAGGAAAGAGAGAAUGUUUGAAGGGAACUUUAACGAAAAGCUCAUGGUACUGUCAUUUUAAUGAAAAAUCACAUUCUUACAUUAAAAAGUCAA